AAAACAGCUUCCCGGCGGCGGGCGCGGCUCCACUGCGCAUCUGGCUGGAGGGGUUCCCUGGGUUAGUGGCUGGGCAGCUGCCCCAGGGACUCGGGUUCUAGCUGGCAAUUCAGUGGGGCCGUUUACUACCCGAGCCUGGGUGGCAUCAGCUGGUGAGGGCAGAUGCUAAUCUAGCAACACCAUCUAAGCCACCGGAGCCCAGGAAGCCAGAGAGAUCAGAAAGAAAGAAGCCCAGGAGGAGAGAAAGGGCUCCAGGGAGCCCAGCUCCAAAGGGCUCCAAGGAGCCCAGGUGCUGGCGGAGACCCAUCACAUGGGAGCAAGUGCAAAAUUGAAAAUGGCUUCCCCAGAACCUAAGGGCCUUGUCGCCUUCACGAGGGAGUCUCUUGAACUUAUGGAACAGCGUAUCGCUAAAAAACACAAUGAGGAGCAUGAAGAAGAUUUAAAGCCAAACCCUGACUUGGAAGUUGGAAAAGAGCUUCCAUCUGUUUAUGGAAAUCUUCCUCCAGGAAUGGUGUCAGAGCCCUUGGAAGACGUGGACCCGUACUACCAGAGUAAAAAUACUUUCAUGAUACUAAACAAGAACAGAAAAAUUUUCAGAUUUAAUGCCACCUGGUGUACAUUGUCUCCUUUCAAUUCAAUUAGAAGAGCAACUGUUAAGAUUUUGGUCCAUCCCUUUUUUCGACUAUUCAUUUUGAUUAGCGUCCUGAUUGACUGCAUAUUUAUGGCCCUGACUGAGGGGCCAAAAUGGGGGCCAAAAUUACAGAUCACUUUGCUUGCAAUUUACACAUUUGAAAUACUUGUAAAACUCAUUGCAAGAGGCAUCUGGACAGGAUCUUUUUAUUUCUUUGGUGACCCGUGGAACUGGCUUGACUUCAGUGUAACUUUGUUUGAGCACAUAACAAUAUAUUCGCCUCUAAACUUCACACCAAUAUUUAGAGUUGCAAGAAGUUUGAGAAUUUUGAAAAUUAUUCCCUUAAACCAAGGUGUGAAAUCUUAUGUAGGGAUCCUGCUCCAAUGCUUGAAGAAACUUACCGGUGUCAUUAUCCUUACUCUAUUUUUUCUGAUCAUAUUUUCUCUAAUUGGGAUGGGGUUCUUCAUGGGCAACCUAAAGCAUAAAUGUUUCCGAUGGCCCCAAGAAAAUGAAACUGAAACCCUGCACAACAGAACCAGAAACCCAUGUUAUAGUCGAGAAACAGAAAACUUUUAUUAUUUGGAAGGAGAAAGAUAUGCUCUCCUUUGUGGCAACAGAUCAGAUGCCAGCCAGUGCCCUGAAGGAUAUGCAUGUAUAAAAGCUGGCAUGAAUCCUGAUAAUGGCUACACAAAUUUUGACAACUUUGGCUGGGCCCUGUUAGCCCUAUUCCGGUUGAUGACGCAGGAUUACCCUGAAGCACUGUAUCAUCAGAUCCUUUAUGCUUCUGGAAAGGUCUACAUGAUAUUUUUUAUUAUAAUAAGUUUUUGGUUUGCCUUUUACAUGGCAAGUUUGUUCUUGGGCAUACUUGUAAUGUCCUAUGAAGAAGAAAAACGGACAGCUGCUGAAAAAGCUAAGAAGAUUGAAACAGAAUUUCAGCACACUUUACUUCAAGAAGAAAAUGAAGCAGCUGAGGCCAAGACCACACAAAUAGAAAUGAAGAAAAGAUCACCAACUUCUAUGAUCACUUCUUUGGAUAUGUUGGAUGAUGCUACUAUCAGACAUAAAGAAGAGCAUAAAAAAUCUCAGAAGAGCUGUCCAUUGUGUUGGUAUAAAUUUGCUAAAAUUUUCUUGAUUUGGAAUUGUUCUCCCUGUUGGUUAAAGUUGAAAGAGUUUGUCCAUGUGAUUAUGUUGCAUCCAUUUACUGAUCUUUUUCUCACUAUAUGCAUAAUUCUAAACAUAUGUUUUUUGGCCAUGGAAUGUUAUCCAAUGAGUGAAACAACAUCCUAUGUUCUCAUCAUUGGAAACCUGGUUUUUAUUGGAAUUUUCACAGCAGAAAUGAUUUUUAAAAUAAUUGCCAUGCAUCCAUAUGGGUAUUUCCAAGUAGGCUGGAAUAUUUAUGAUAGCAUAAUUGUAUUCCUUGGUUUAGCAGACCUUUUUCUAGCGAAUGUUCAUGGGCUGGAGGUUUUUCAAUUAUCCAGGGUGUUGCGAAUUUUCAAGCUGGGGAAAUACUGGCCAACAUUUGAGAUUCUGAAGCUGACUCUUAUAAAGUCGCUGGUGGCCCUGAAAGACUUGAUCCUGCUGCUGUCCACAUUCCUGUUCUUUUCUGCUGUGGUCGGCACAAAGCUGUUUGGUAUGAGUUACAAAGCAUAUGUCUACAACUUAGACAAAGACUGUCAACUUCCACGCUGGCACAUGAGUGACUUCUUCCACUCCUUUCUGAAUGUGUUCCGGAUUCUCUGUGGAGAGUGGGUAGAGACUCUAUGGGAUUGCUUUGACAUAGCAGGCCAAUUCACUUGUGUUCCUUUUUACAUGAUGGUCAUUUUAAUUGGAAACCUUUUGAAGGUAAAGCCAUCUAGCUCAUCUGAAUGCAGUACAGUUGAUAUUGCUAUCUCUGAAGAAGAAGAAAUGAUCAAUGAACAUGAGAAGCCAAAGCGUCCUAAAAACAGUUAUGAACGAAGAUCUUCAGCAGGUCAAGUUAGUAGAGAAUCCAAGAGAGGAAAAAUUUGGCGAAACAUAAGGAAAACCUGCUGCAAGAUUGUAGAAAACAGUUUUUUUAAGUGUUUCAUUGGCCUUGUCACUUUGCUCAGCACAGGUGCUCUGGCUUUUGAAGAUAUAUAUAUCAAUCAAAGAAAAACUAUUAAAAUCUUAUUAGAAUAUGCUGACAUGAUCUUCACUUACAUCUUUAUUCUGGAAAUGCUUCUAAAGUGGAUGGCAUAUGGUUUUAAAGCCUAUUUCACUAAUGGCUGGCACAGGCUGGACUUCAUGGUUGUUAUUGUAUUUUGUCUGAACUUAAUAGGCAAAUCUCAGGAAAUAAAACUACUUAUGUCCAUUAAAUUCCUUCGGGCACUUAGAGUUCUAUCUCAAUUUGAAAGAAUGAAGGUGGUUGUGAGAGCUUUGAUGAAAACAACUUUACCGGCUUUGAAUGUGUUUCUGGUCUGCCUUAUGAUCUGGCUGACUUAUAGCAUCAUAGGAGUACACUUAUUUGCUGGCACAUUCUAUGAAUGCAUUGACCCAACAAGUGGAGAAAGAUUUCCUACAUAUGAAGUCGGGAAUAGGAGUGAAUGUGAAAGUCUUGUAUUCAAUGAAUCCAUGCCAUGGGAGAAUGCAAAACUGAACUUUGAUAAUGUUGGAAAUGGUUUCCUUUCAUUGCUUCAAGUAGCAACAUUUAAUGGAUGGAUUGAUAUUAUGAAUUCAGCUGUUGAUUCUACUGGUAUAGAUGUGCAGCCUGAUUUUGAAGUGAAUAUCUACAUGUAUUGUUACUUUAUUGGUUUUAUUAUCAUUGGAUUAUUUCUUCCUCUGACUAUGCUGGUCGGUGUUAUUCUUGCUAAUUUCAACAAGCAUAAAAUAAAGCAGGGAGGCUCCAAUAUUUUUAUAACAGAAAAACAGGAGAAACAAUAUCUAACACUGAAGAAGCUGAUGUAUGAGGACUCUCAAAAAACAAUACCUUGCCCAGGAAACAAGCUCCGAAGAUUCAUCUUUGGCUUCGUCACAAGUCAAGCUUUUAACAUCAUCGUUAUGGUUCUUAUCUGCUUCCAAGCAAUAACCCUUAUGAUACAAAGCGAUGAACAGAGUAGACAAAUGGAUACCGCUGUCCUCUGGCUUCAGAUAAUUUUCAUUCUUCUAUACACUGUAGAAUGUGUGCUGAAGCUCAUCGCUUUCCGUUGCAACUAUUUCACGAGUGGAUGGAACGUUUUAGAUUUUAUAGUGGUCAUUUUCUCUAUUACAGGACUACUUCUGCCUCUGAUGGGAGAGUACUACCUUGUACCUCCUUCCUUCCUGCAACUGAUAGUUCUCUCCCGGAUCAUCCACAUCCUGCGACCUGGGAAAGGACCGAAGUUGUUCCGUGAUCUGCUGCUUCCUCUGGUGCUCUUCCUCCCGGCCCUGUUGAACAUCAGCCUGCUCAUCUUCCUCGUCAUGUUCAUCUACGCCAUCUUUGGCAUGUACAACUUUGCCUAUGUGAAAAAGGAAGCUGGAAUUAAUGAUGUGUCCAACUUUGAAACCUUUGGCAGCAGUAUGCUCUGUCUUUUCCAGGUUACAAUAUUUGCUGGUUGGGAUGGGAUGCUCAAUGCUAUUUUUAACAGUCAAUGGUCUGACUGUGAUCCUGAUAAAAUUAACCCUGGGACCCAGGUUAGAGGAGAUUGUGGGAACCCCAUUGUCGGAAUUAUUUAUUUUGUCAGUUACAUCCUCAUAGCAUGGCUGAUCAUUGUGAACAUGUACAUUGUUCUUGUUAUGGAGUUUGUAAAUAUUGCUUCUAAAAAAACAGCCAAGACCUUGAGUGAAGAUGACUUUAGGAAAUUCUUUCAGGUCUGGAAGAGGUUUGACCCUGAGGGGACCCAGUACAUAGAUUCUAGCAAGCUUUCAGAUUUUGCAGCUGCUCUGGAUGCUCCACUUUUCAUGGCAAAACCAAACAAGGGUCAGCUUGUGGCCAUGGAUCUUCCCAUGGCUGUUGGGGACAGAAUUCAUUGCCUAGACAUCUUACUUGCUUUUACAAAGCGAGUUGUGGGUAAAGAUGUGAGGAUGGAGAAACUUCUUUCAGAGAUGGAAUCGGGGUUUAUCUUGGCUAACCCUUUUAAGAUCACAUAUGAGCCAAUUACAACUACCCUGAAACGAAAACAAGAGGCAGUCUCAGCAACCAUCAUUCAGCGUGCUUAUAAAAGUUACCGUUUGAGGCAAAGUGACAAAAAAACAUCAGAUAUCCAUAUGAUAGAUGAUGACAAGGAAGUUCAAGCUACCAAAGAAGAUGUCUAAUUUGAGAGAGCUUAGGAAGAUCAACUAUUCAAAGCCAGAUCUAGUUCCAUUUACCACCUUUUCACCUUCUUUACAUAUCUCAAAAAUGUUAAAAGUUUAAGACAGAAAUAAAAGCAAAGAUUGGAGAUAGUAAAGAUUUCACUUAAUCAGCAAUCGUUUACAACUCAUGGAAGUUAAGCUUGUUUUCACAAGAUUCCAUAUUGAAUUCACUUUUUUACCCCUCUGUGUUCAAUGUAACCAAGACAACACUUUAAAUCACUGUAGUGAAUUAAAGUGGUUUAAACUUCCCACUUGAUAACCCAAUGCUUGGGUUCUAUAUAUGAUUUACAUAGUGUGUGCUUCCUCUGGAGAAUGGGAUGGAGGUGGUAGAGAUUAGUAACAAAAGGGUCUUACUUGUAUAUUUUAUGCAUAUUUUAAUUUGAUGGGAUUUAAGUCCCCUCUUUCUUAACGUAGGAUAGUGUUUAAAAACAGUACAAUGCUACAGGCCAUUAAAUCAUGAACUCAGCUACACAGAUGCCAAUUGGGGGAAGAGGAAGGGCAGUUCUUAGAAAGUGCCUUCAAGAUCAAUCACAAAGACCUUGGGCUGAAUCAAACCACAUUUGAAAAAGAUUUAUUGGAGCUCUGUUUUUGUUUUCUUUUCUUUUUGGUAUGAGGAAGGGGAAUUCGUGUUUUUCAUUGUUCUUGGAUUCCUGGUUUCUAAUCUCUGGCUAGUUCCACCUAAGCUCAGCUCUCCAAAAGAAUGAAUCUUAGAACAAGAAAAAUAAAGGCAACACAGUUUUUUAAAGUAUACAUUUAUUAAAAUGAUAUAAUAGGCAAUAUGUUAAUAGAUUCAAGUCUUACAUUAUCAUAGACCUGAUGUAUUUUACUAUUUAUCCAUAAUGUAACAUUGAGUAUAUAAGAUCUGGCAAGUGCAUAUAAUAAUUGAAUUAGGAGAGUCAAGGGCUACCAUAUGUCUAGGGAUUUUCACAGUGUCUUGAUCCUGGGAAACUGGCCAAUUCCAUUGGGAAACUGGCCAAUUUAAAGUAUGUUUUGCUAUAUUUUAUGGUUCUUUAUACUUUAGAGAAAGAAAAUGAUCAUAGAAGCUGUGAGAAUUCUGAAUUAGGAGAUCAAAGUGUAAGUUUGUUGUUGGUGGGAUUUUAUAGCAUUAAUGUAUGCAAGUUAGUUUUCACUUACUCAUUUAUCUUUUCAAGUUCUUUGCUGUUCCUAUCUCAUCACAUACAUAACUACUCUGUAAAAUGUUUUAUGUCUAAAGCACUUUAAAACCCUAAACAUUAAUUUUAAGUAUUAAAAUUAUUUUUAAAAGAUAGGCACAAAAUUGUUUUUCGAUAUAUUCAUAAAAAUGCAGGCACUUCCAUGUAGUUCGAGAUCCUGAAAUUUAUUAAUUUUGUAUAAAACUUGCUAUCAAUGUGCCUAUAAAGUCCUAAAGGAUUCAAAACGAAAAUAUCUAUACUGUAAGCUUAAAUGACAAGUUUUCAAUAUGUUGUAUGACAUUCAGUGCCACUUAAAUAUCAGCAAUUGUAUUUUAUUAUGAAUGCAUGAUCUUGAGCCUUAACUAUUAUAAUCUAACUAUCUUUGCACCUCUGAAAUAUAUUAACCUGACCAAGAUGCCUUUGGGAAUCGAUCCCCUAAGCAAAUGCAACUUCAGGGUUCUGUUUUUUUCUAUGUGCUCCUUCCCUUUCUCCUCCUGUUCUCCAUCAGGUGUGUGAUGGGAACCAUAAGAGAUCAGUGUUAACUUGGUAACCUGUUGACCUGGUGCUUUAUCUAAGCUUAUCAGUUUUCUGCUUAUCAGGUCCUGCUUCCAAUAUUUAAACUGAAUCUUAACUUGCUUCUGUAAAUUCCAUAAAGACCACAAACUGAUUUUAGUUUGAAAAUUAUAUGUUUUACUUGUAAACUGUGUUUGCCACUAACCUACCAAUAUUGUGUAAAGAAUUAUUUUUUAAAAAAGUCAUACAAUAUAUUCUACUUUUUAGAUACUUUAGAGAAAAUAAUAAAUGCAACAUGUUAACCACA